AUGCGGCGGCAUGUACUGCGUCAACUGCUGAAAAGGCUACUUGAUGAGCCGCCCCAGAGCGUGGUGUACCAAGCCAACUACCUUGAUACCGCGACAACGAACAACGAGGUCGAGUACGACAGUCUGGUCACGGCGCUCCAGUUAGCUCAGCGACUGGCAGUGACGCAUCUCACAGUGCGCGGCGACAGCAUGCUGCUGAUGCAGCAGAUGAAGGGCAUCUAUCGAGUCCAAGAGGCUCGCUUGCAGAAGUUGCAUGUCCAGGCGCGGGAGCUCGCAACAUGUUUUACGUGCACAUGGGAACACCACCCUCGCGAGUUCAACCGAGCCACGGAUCAUUUGUCCAAGCUCGCACCCGACGACUGCACCUCGUACGCGCAUCCCGACGACGGACGGCACGAUGUAUUGCCGGCCGAAGAACUCCUGCACGUUGAAGAGCUUUUGGCGGCCGACGGUCAACACACAGCUAGUACGUAA